GUGUGACUUUAUAGCUUCACUCUGAAGCGCGCUCAUUCGCUCUCUGGGUGCAGGUCAUUUGGCAAAACGCAGCAGUGCGCCACGUUUUUUUUCCCUCUCAUUAUGCGCACAAAUUCUUGAUUAACUAAUAACGCAAAAAGGGACACAAUUUUUGUAGCGGGAAAAGACGGAGAAAUCAUCUCAGAAAAGUAGGAUAAGUUACCAUUUUUCGAACUGUAAGUUGAGCAAAUAUGAUGGAUUAUGGCUGCAAGGUCCAGUUAUUUUUCCACUUUGGAGGCACGGAAGAAAACUGACAGAAGGUUGAUGUAAUCGCUUUGCAACAUUAGACCACAACUUAUCUCCCAUUAGAGACUUUAAAUCAAAGACAUGGAUCUUUUAGUGCAAAAUGAGACGUCUACAGACCUUGAGUGCGUCGGAGCUUUGGCUGAUGCGCUUCAGAACGGAGCUGGUAACGGGAGCUUGGGAUCAUCAAACAUCUCCUGCAGCAACGCAUCCACACUCGUCACACCACAGCGCGUGGUGCAGAAAGAGGAGGACCACACACUACGGAUCUUGCUCUACUCUCUCAUCUUCUUCUUGAGUGUAUUUGGCAACCUGCUGAUCAUUGUGGUGCUUACGGUCAAUAAGCGCAUGCGCACCGUCACCAACACCUUCCUGUUGUCUCUCGCUGUCAGUGACCUAAUGAUGGCCGUCUUCUGCAUGCCCUUCACCCUCAUUCCCAACAUCCUGAAGGACUUCAUCUUUGGAGCUGCUAUGUGCAAGAUAGUUACCUACCUCAUGGGCAUAUCAGUGAGCAUUUCCACGUUUAGCUUGGUUGCCAUAGCAAUUGAGCGCUACAGUGCCAUCUGUAACCCCUUGAAGUCACGGGUGUGGCAGACCCGUUCCCAUGCCUACCGUGUGAUUGCUGCUACAUGGGUGCUGGCCUUCAUCAUCAUGAUACCCUAUCCAGUCAUCAGUCACCUGGAGUCUUUUCAGCGUCCUGAUAAUACCACAGGACACCGGUGUCGCCACAAGUGGCCCAUCGCCACUGCAGAGCAGAGCUGGUAUGUGCUGCUUCUUCUUAUACUGUUCGCGAUUCCCGGGGUCGUGAUGAUUAUUGCCUAUGGACUGAUCUCCAGGGAGCUUUAUCGAGGCAUCCAGUUUGAGAUGGGUCACAAAAAAGACUCUACUGAUGUGAAGAAUGGCCUUACCUCCACUGUUUCCAACUGUAGUGACGACGGAGAUGGUUGCUAUGUAAAUGUGGUCAAGCGGCCACACUCAAUGGAGAUGUCCACCAUGACUGCAUCGAGCAGACAGACCAAGGCAGAGAGACCACGCAGCAACACGUCAGAGGCCAAGCUGGAGGCCAAGAAGCGAGUCAUCCGUAUGCUGGUGGUGAUCAUCGUCCUGUUCUUUCUCUGUUGGAUGCCUCUAUACUGUGCCAACACCUGGCGGGCUUUCGAUGACAUCUAUGCCAAACGCGCCCUCUCAGGUACACCUAUCGCUUUUAUCCAUCUGUUGAGCUACACCUCCGCCUGUGUCAACCCCAUUAUUUACUGCUUCAUGAACACACGCUUCCGCAAGGCUUUGCUCGCCACUUUCUCGUGCUGUGCUGCGCCUUGCCGUCACCACCGCCGUCGUCAUGGGCUACGUGAUAACGAAGAAGACGUCAUGGCAACAGGAGCAUCUAUGUCCAAGUUCAGUUACACUACAGUCAGCACCAUGGGAACCUGCUGAGGGAGAUGGAUGCAGGCACAACCCAGAACACACAGUUACUACGGCAACAUAACACCCCACAUCCUUUCCUUUCAGGCCAAUGCUGUGAUUAUAGAGACAGUAAUGUGAAGUGGAGAACCAGGUCAUAUAAUGUAGCAGUAUAUAAGCUUCAUCUUUGACAGUUAAAGUAUGUAAAGAUUGUUUAAUGAAACCCAGUUCUGCAGUGUAAAUAAAUUCAUCACUAUUGAAAAAAAGCACAAAAACAAACUAUACGAUUAUUUGUUGUCACAUUGGACCAAGGCAAAUUGUUUGCUUAAAUGUUUACUGUGUGGUGAGUGCAUUUUGAGUGUGAGUGUUUUGGUAUGUACUGUGCAGAGGACAUAAGUAGUGUUGAGCUGUAUGAUGUUGUAGGGAGGUAGGUAGAGAUCUUUAGUCGUGUAGCUUAAAAAAUAGGAAGGCUAUUUUAAAGUUUUCAUAUUUUCUGUCAGUUGCUAAAAUUAGUUGGUAUUAAUG